AGCCUGACAGCCGCCAUCCUCAGCCUGGUGGAGCUCUACUGCAGCACCUUCAACGCCGAUUUCCAGCCGGCCGCGCCCGGGAGCCGCCGSUUGGGCACGGCGCAGGAGGCGCGGCUGCUCACCUGCCCGCUGGCCUUCACCGUCUACGGCACGCACCGCAUCCCCAUCACCUGGGCCGCCAGCUAUGAAGAUUUCUACCUCUCAUGCUCCCUCAGCCACGGCGGGAAGGAGCUGUGCAGCCCCCUGCUCACCAGGAAAGCCCACGUCCACAAAUACCUCUUCCACCUCAUCAUUUGGGACCAGCAGAUCUGCUUCCCGGUGCAGGUGAACCGGCUGCCGCGGGAGACGCUGCUCAGUGUCACCCUGUUCGCUGUCCCCGUGCCACCCCCGGGCGGCUCCUCGGACGCCAACAAGCAGCGGCGGGUCCCCGAGGCGCUGGGCUGGGUCACCACCCCGCUCUUCAACUUCAGGCAGGUCCUGACCUGCGGGCGGAAGCUCCUGGGCUUGUGGCCGGCGACCCAGGACAACUCCAGGGCCAGGUCGAGCGCGCCCAACUUCAACCAGCCCGACAGCGUCAUCCUGCAGAUCGAUUUCCCCAGCUCGGCGUUCGAGGUGAAGUUCACCAACCCCCCUGCGGCYGAGCUCGGCCCCCGCUACGAUUUCGGCAGCCUGGGCGAGGAGGAUCAGCGGCAGCUGCGCGAGGCCAUGCAGAAAAAAUCCCUUUAUUGGUAAAAAYGGACCCGGGGGUGGCACUGUSCGGCUGGGGGGACAYUGGUGACACCCCGGGGUGGCUGAAGGGUGAUCC